AUGACGGACACUCUCCGGACUAUCGAUUUCAAGAAACUCGGUACAACGACGACGCUUGUUGGAUCUACUAGCUCUCAGUAUAGCAACGAUGCGGAAGAUGUGCCGCCGCCUCCGCCUCCCAAGUGGUUCAUGAAGAAUUUCCUUGCGAAGGGCGACCCGGAGGUUUCGAGGGCGAGGAAGAUCUACCUCAAGGCAUAUAUCUCUGGUCUGGGGAUGGUCAUCAUCACCAUCUUCUGUGUUUUCUCGAUCUAUUGGGGCUCGUUGUGGAAGGUGCCCGAACAUUCGUUGAGAGGAAUCGUUGUGGAUUUCGAUGGGGGCGAGAUUGGCCAAAGCGUCGUCCAAUCACUUAUUAAUUCACCCCCACCGCAAGUAGUGCGUUGGCGAAUGCGCUCCCCCCGCCGUUUUCCUCGUGGCCCGGUCGACGUCCAGAAUUCUCUGAAGGAGAACGAAGCUUGGGCGGCCAUCGUCAUCAAUGAUGGAGCCUCAGCGAACCUAGCAAACGCCCUCUUGUCUCCGAACGGAUCUUAUAAUGGCUCAGAAGCCAUUACCGCCUAUGGUGUGGAGGCUCGCAACGAGAACGCUUACCGCAAUCUUAUUCGACCUCUGAUUCAAACGGACCUCGAUAGAGUCAAGCUUGACUUCGCUCUCCAACUAGCCGCUCGGGUCACUUCUUCCCCCGACUCGAACCUCACCUCGAACCUCACCUCUCUCCUCUCUACGUCACCACAAACGAUUAUCAACCCGAUCUCGUAUACUAUCGUUAAUCUCAUACCAUUCAAUCAGCCCGUAGCAAGCGCCGUCGCUUUUGUCGGUCUUAUUUAUUGCUUGAUUCUGUCGUUCUUUGUCGUUAUGGUCGCAUACGGUGCUCGCCAAGCGUCGGGCGUAAACAGGAUACUAGACCUCAAGUCCUUGAUCAUCCUCCGGCUUACGACGUCGUUCCUCGGCUAUUUCUUUCUCUCGCUUUUCUAUUCUUUGCUCAGCCUUGCGUUCAAGCUGGACUUUACCCGCCGCUACGGGCACAGCGGCUUUUUCUUGUUCUGGAUGCUCAACUAUUUCGGCAUGCUUUCUGUUGGUCUCGCAUUAGAAUCUCUCAUCACCAUCUUCACGGCCACCUGGAUUCCGUACUUCCAAAUGUUGUGGAUCAUCGCCAACGUCUCGGUAUGCGUCUUUCCGAUUGAGAUCCUUCCAGGCAUUUUCCACUAUGGCUACGCGACGCCUUUCUACAACCUCUCGAUAUCCAUUCGCUCAAUUGCAUUUGGGACAAAGAAUACACUCGGCCCCAGUUUCGGUAUCUUGAUCUUGUGGGUCGCUAUAUCAUCUAUGACGCUACCAUUCUUGCAAUGGUUUGUACGGAGGCGUCAGAUCAAAGCUGCCGAUAAGCAGAUACCGGAAAAGCGGAUUGGCUAG